CGCGUGAGGUGUUUGUUUACAAGCUGUUCUCCCGCACUCCACAUUGAUGUAUUGACUAUUGUUAAUGAUUUACACAGAGUUUGGGAGGAUUUAAGGGGUAGUCUUUCCAAAAACACACAGGUGGAAUUUAUACAUUGUUUGUACCGAGAGGUCACCAGAUGGGAAAAGACGAAAAAAAUAUGGAAACUAAUGAGGGUAAUUUGCGGAUACCAGCAGUCCUUAUGCCCUCUUAUCUCAAUGUGAUAGGUACUGAGGAAGGAAAAACUGCCUCAAAGAGAGUACGAGUUUUUUGUGGAAUUUGCAAAGAAAAUCGCUAUUACUCAAUCCACAGAGGAGUGACACGCAUUGGAGGAACUGUCUUAGCAUGUGAGGCAUGUCGACACUGCUAUCAAAAAUUUAAAAGGCAGCCGUAUAUUUUACGUUGCAAGGAUCAAGGCAGUUGUUAUGUGCUUGGAGAUAACUCAAAAAGUCGAUGCAAAGCUUGUUGGAUCGCUCACAUUCUUGGCCGUUGUCCCAUGUCAGAUGACCUGUAUCAACACCUUGUUAAUCAUCUGCCCACAAAGAUUAAGGAAAAGAUGGCCCCAAAAGCUCCCACAACAGAUGAAGUACCAGAGAGUGAACGUGGGGCUCUUGGUCUUGAAAUUAUGAAAGAUGACGAGUGGGUGGAUGUAACUGAAGUACCAGAGGUAAAACCCACCCCACAGAGCACUGAGGAUGAGGAAGACAGCAAAACCGGUGAUCAAGAGUUUGAUGUACCUCUGCAGAGUGAGAAAUGUACCGGGCAGUAUGAGGUAGUGCAUACAUCAGAUACAUUUGAUAAUUAUGCAUCUGAUUACCAUGACACCAGAGACAGCCAGCAACAGACUGCAAAUGGAUUAUCCAGAGAAGAGAAAAUAAGGAACCUCGAGCAAGAGACGAUGAGAUGGUGGAUGGAGCAGAGUGUGAGCUCCUCCUACACUGUCCCAGAAAAUGACAAUGCUCAAUCAUACUUCAAUGUGGAUACUGUGAACACUUCAGAGGGCUUGACUUCUCUAACACCCAUGCAACCUGCACAGCCUGCAGAUGGCCUUACCACACUAACCCCCAUGCAGGUUCCUCCUGACCAACAUCACCAAAAUGGCUUCCAUGAUUCAGAAAUAGCAUUACUUGGUGUAAAGCAGGAGAAAUGUGAUUGGCAAGAUGGAGAGAGCCAGGAAGCCCAACUGUUUCAGAAUAUCUGCAUCAAACAAGAAUAUUUUCCUCCACAACAACAGCAAGUUGACCUUCAUUUACAUACUAGUCCAUACUUCAGUCAUGCAGUUAUAGACAAUCCCUUAAAUAUUGGUAUGUAUGGUCAGGAGCAAAGCCUCAUUAAUGGUGCUGCCGGGUGGAAGUUGGAGGGACAGUCUCUUGAGAGUGUUGACAGAGGCUCACCGCAGCAGGAAAAUGCCGAAGUUCCAAAGCCCAGGAAACGGGGACGGAAGCCUAAAAUCAAACUGGAAGAAGAUGAGUCUAACUCUUCAACAAAAUCAGCCACCGAGACAACCAAGAGGUCUGCACCUGAACUGGGACCUGAUGGAAAGCCGCUUCCAUCUCCCCUCAAACAAAGAAAGAAGAUAGACCGAUUUAAUGGCAUACCUGAAGAAGAAGUUGUCAAGAAGACUCUACCAGACCAUUUAGGAAAUAACAUGGAAAUACUUAUUAUUGGCAUAAAUCCUGGGCUCUUUGCAGCCCACAAGGGGCAUCAUUAUGCAGGACCUGGCAACCAUUUCUGGAAGUGUAUGUUUCUGUCGGGGCUCAUCCCAGAACCCUUCACAGCUUAUGAUGACUUCCGGUUACUAGAGUAUGGCAUUGGCUUCACUAAUAUUGUGUCCCGUACAACCCGGGGCUCCUCUGAUCUUACACGAGACGAGAUUAAGAAAGGUGGGGAGAUUCUGCGAUCCAAGCUGAGGAAGUAUAAGCCUCUUAUAGCUGUGUUCAAUGGCAAAGGAAUCUAUGAAAUAUAUUCUGGUAAAAAGCAGUUCUGUUUUGGAAAACAACCAGAAUUAGUCGAAGGCACGAACACACAUAUUUGGGUUAUGCCAUCCUCCUCAGCCAGAUGUGCACAACUACCAAGAGCUUUAGAUAAGGUCCCCUUCUAUUCAGCACUUCGCAAGUUUCGUGACUACCUCAAGGGCACUCUUAAAGAACUAGAUGAUGAAGAGGUUGUGUUUUCAAAUGUGAAACUUACAAACUACAAGUCUCCUGUGAAACUGGAACCCAAAACAGAGCCCAGUGAAGAAGUGACUCCCGAAUUGGCCGAGAUGGUCAAACCCUGCCGUAGGAAAUUGGAAACUGAGCGGACAAAGGGACAAAAAUCAACACAAAAGAAAAAAUUAUCACCUGUGAAAAUUGAAAAAGGAUCUUAAUAUUUUUUUUUUAUUUAAAGUGUAUUUUUAGUAUAUUGCUAAAUUUUAGUAUUUUAAAAUAAUAAUUUAUUGAAUGAUAUAAUUGUUCAUGUAUAAGAUAUAUAGAAAAUUUAUUCUCUCCAGUAACCAUAAAUGUUCCCAUGUUUGAAUGUACUACAAGACUGUGUGAGCAUUUAAGUUAUUUAAUGAAUUGCCUAUAUUCUGUGAAGCAUGGAAAAUGUCCCAAUUUAUCACUGAUGGAUCAAAGAGGCUUACCGUUCUCAAGUUGAUAUUUGUGGGUUUAAUUGCUUCGUGAGGGACACUACUCUUACAACACUUAUAAUCCAAGCCAAUUAAAAAACUAUAUAGAUGGUGAAGGUCAUUAGGGCAAAGGUGUAUAUUAUACCUGUGAUUUUCUUUCUUAUUGUUAAGUUGAUUUUGUUUAAAUUGAGAGGGAAAAAACACAGACAUUUUGUUAAUGUUAUGUAUUUAUUUAUUUAUUUAUUUUUACCCUUUUUUAAGCCUUUUUCUUGCUUAAUGCAGAGUGGCUAGACACAAGAACCAAAACACACACACUCACACUCCAUACAUUUACUUGUUUACAGUAUUUUUUAUUUAGAUCCUCAGUCUGGUAUGUGGAAAACAUAAAUACCUUUAUUAUUUGGAGUUUCCUUAAAUUUCAAUCAUUUAAGAUGAUCAGAUCAGUUAUAAAGCACAAAGUUAUUGACAGCAUCUUUUAUCGGAUGGCAUAGACUUAUGGCUCAGGGUUUUUAUAACAUUAUACGUAGGUCCGAGGUAAAAUGAAUGUUUGGAAGAAGGUUUUUACCCAUAAUUCUUUUAUUUUCAGCAGACAUAAUGCGACAUUGCAUGAAGAUACCUUGUGGCAGCAUUCACAGAUCAUCAUAGGCAUAUUUAGGAUGUGAGAUCUCCAUCAGAUUUUAUUGGAGUGUAAUGUCAAAAUGCAAGGUGGGUCUGGUGAGUCACUGCCAGCAUCAGUCUUCUUCGUUCUUAUUGUAUUUUGUCUUCAUCUGUUCUCAUAUACUGCAUGGUCUACUAACAUUAAUUUAUUCUUUAUGUAGAUAAUAUUUAUGGCACAUUUCACCAUGCUGUUCCUUUCUUGUAUUCCACACAUUUCACCUGGUUGACUCACUUCUAGUUCCUAACCUUAAAGUCUUAAAACUGUCUAUAUUACUGAACUACGUAUAUGUAUUAUGCCAUGUUUUAUUCCAUAAAAUCUAUUAAUUUCCUUUUGUUCCUCAAGGUUUUGGUAUAAAGAGUGUUUCAAGGUGUAGGCAUCAUUUUACCGAUACAUUGAUGUUCACUGUUCUUUCUAGUUUAAAAAAGCAAAGUGUUAAAGUGACUUGGAUAAUGCUCUGAAAGGUACUUUAUUGACUUACUGAGAUUAUAGUUUUGGGGGUCUACAAUACAAUAUAUGGGAUUGUUGUGUGUCCCCCCCAUAUGACAUUAUAUCUUACACUUACCAUAAUUCCAUGAUGUUCAGAGAAUAAGAAAGCUGACCAAAUUAUAUUUGUAUUUUUGUAUUUCUAAUUCUGGUUAUGAAUUCUUUUUCUGCUUCUGAUGUAACCAAAUCUUGUUUAUCAUAAGGGUGACAGAAUUAUAUUCUAUCUAAAUUAAGAGAUUGCUCAUGGCUGCAAGGAAAGCAAGUAGUUGUGUUAUAUAUGAGGGACAUUUCUCUAUUCCUGAUGGUCUUGUAACAAAGGUGUCUUCCCACCUUCACUGUUUUUUAUGACACCUCCUAAUACCAGAAGGUGUAGCAUUGUAUCAUGUCUCCGAGAAGGUUGAAGGCUGUGGUGCACUUGCUGGUGGCCACUAAUCCUCACAGUUUUCUGUCAGGGUAUCUCCUUCAGCAGUAGACCUUUGGAGAGAUGAUAACAUUGGUCCCGAUGACUAUGAAAAUUACAAUUUUCAUUGUUAUUUUUGUUGCUGUAUAGUUCAGUUAAGUCCAUACUGUACUGCCUUUCUUUAACAUAUUGAAUAUUCUGUCUCCUUCAUAUACACCUUAAAUGGCUUCUGUCAUAUCAUAAAUGAUGAAAUAAUUUCUAUCUAUCCCUUUAUCUAACUAUUUAUUACCUUUACCAGUUUCCCACUUUUGUGUUGAAUCGGUCAGAGAAUGUAGAAACUUCAAAAGGGUAAGGGAGAAAGGUGUGAGGUAUGUGUAGAAAGCAACAGGAAAGGAUUGAAACAUUCAGUAGGAAUACACACACACAUGCACACACACACACACACACACAUGCACACACACACGCACACACACACAUGCACAC